AUGAACAGCGCAGCAGAGACAGACGCCGGCGGCGACAACGGCAACCCGGGCGCCGCGGUGCUGGUGGUGGAGCGCGUGGUGACGGUGGAGUACCUGGAGCAGUCCAUGUCGCGGGGCCUCCUCGGCAAGUUCCCCGACUCCUCCGCCUACGACUUCGACUACUGCCAGAGCGGCAUCUGGUCCCCGGUCAACAAGAUCCCCAGCGAGUCGCCGGCCUCCGGCUCCAGAGACUUCCUCAUCGCCAAGCUGAAGCGCCGGGCGCGGGCCGGGAGCAGGCUCAAGGACGCUGCCGUCGGAGGCGGCAGCAGGUCGAGGUGGCGGCGCCGGCGGCUGCGGCGGGACGGCUCUUUCCUCGACCUCCACGACACCGGCAGGGCGAAGCUGGACUUAUCGCCGCCGCUGCCGUCGCCUGCCCCCACCAAGCAGGAGGGGUGGAGGAGGGUGCUCACGGCGGCCAUCAGGAAGUUCAAGGCGCGCCACCGCCGCUCCCGGCCGGCUCCCCUGCUCCAGAUGAUGCUGCCAAUGCUCUGA